AAACGCGUUUUCUAUGAAUGGAUAAUUGUAAUUUCUCUGUGUUUGUUUUUGUUUGUUUGCCGUUGUCCCACAUACAAUACAAAUUAUCAUUUAAGUUGCUGACAAUGUCAACAAUACCUUUUUAAGUAAUGUUUAUUCCUGAGUAUUUAAACUUCUUUGCUUUUUGUGGUUUUGCUUUUAUUUUUAACAAGGCUGAGUCUAUUCAUAUCAUGGAUACACACAUCAGGAAAACGGCGUGGUUGUUGGACAAUGAUCAGUUUUUGGAAAAAAAUGGGAUGGCCACAAAAUGCCGUCUACAGGGUGAUCAUCUACCAUGGCAAGAUUUUACUGUGUCUCAUCUAGGACCAGAUAGUGGAUUAUUGGGAACACAUACCAACAAGAUACAAGAUCUGCUGAGUGGACAAAUGAAGAAAAUACAGUCUCAAAUGAUGCAAACCACAGAAGAGUGGAUGAGAAACUACAGUUUAGAAUCCUUGCAAUUAACAUUCGAGUAUCUGGUAAAUAAGGGCAAUACUAUUCCGAAUUCAGGAAAUGGUGUUGAAGGGAUGGUGUUUACAGAGGAGACUCUUACUGAUUUUGAGUCCAGACUUUCUGAAGCGAUGGAACUUUAUCAGCAGAGAAUUCAGUGGCUCUUGGAGGACAGCAGGAAGGUGUUUGGUGUUAUAAAAGGAACCAAAGUUGGACUUCUGAUUGAUGUGUCUCACAUGAGUUAUGGACCAAGGCUACUGGAUUUUCAGAAGGACCUUUUGUGCUUAAUAGACGAGCAGCUUUGUUAUAAGAAGCAAUUGUACUGCCUCUCAUUCAGCACCGACAUUUCACCACUGUGGGAGAGUCCAAAAAACAUCAACGUUCAUGUGCUACAUGAAGUGAGACAGUGGAUACAAGAGCUGGAGCCUGGGCAAGGCUGCAAUGUGCUGAAAGCCCUAAAGAGUGUCCUUACCAUGAAAGACCUGAAUUCCCUGGUUCUCAUUGUAGGAAGCUGCCCUGAUCAGUCUUUUGAAAUACUGUGUGAUUACACUCAGCAGUGUUUGCUGGGGAGAAAGCUGCAGAUUCACACUGUCACAUAUGAUUGCAGCAAUCCUGCUUCUCUUGCAGUUCUGAAGGAUCUUGCAGAAGCUGUCCAAGGCCGUUAUCAUUGCUACUCUUCAGAGGGAGAGAAUUUUGAUAGCAGUGAUCUCCAUUUGCUACUUCAGGAGUCCCUGAAGGCCAAGGACCUACUCAAAAGCAUCAAACAGACUUUUCAAAGAAGACUUGAUGGCUCAGUUAGUAGUAAAACAGCAGAUUUUUCCACAGGAUUUGCAAAUACAGCACCUUCCAGCUUCUUCCCAAAGCCUCCAAAGCUCAAAGGACCAUUAGUUAUUCAAACACCAAAUGUCCUGGCCAAAACCUCAGCAGACUGGUUAAAGACAUAUGGAUUGAAAGCUAAGAAGUUAAACCUUUAUCAAGUUCUGGCUCCCAAUGCUUUCUCUCCUGUGGAAGAGUUCAUACCUAUUCUUAAAAAAAGAGUCUCAUCAACUCUGCAUGAGAAAAUCAUGAUGCAGUUUGAAUGGUAUGAUGGGACUGUGAAAAACAUCCAUGUUGACCUGCCAGUAUUGUACAACUACCAGAAACUCCUUACUAAAAUGGUAAAUAUCUAUGAGAAACGAAUUGACUGGCUCUCCAUUGCUAGCAGGAGAAUCUGGGGCAGUGUCUGUGAAAGGAGGGUGGUUAUACUUGUUGAUAUAUCAGUGACAAACUCGCUGUACAUCACCCAGAUCCAACAUUCCCUGCGACUUUUACUUGAGGAACAAAUGGCAAAUAAGGAUUCCUUCAAUAUUAUAGCAUUUGGGAGUGACAUUGUGCCUUGGCAGCAGGAACUGCUUCCUUCCCAUCCAGAAAACUUAGAAAAGGCUUGGAGGUGGGUGUUGAGCCUGCAGUGCAAGGGCAGUAGAAAUUUCCUGAGUGCACUCAGGAGAGCUGUAGAAGUUGACUUCAAAGACAAAGAGAAACACAAAUCACAAGGGCUUUACCUGCUGACUACUGGAAUACCUGACCAGGAGACACACACCAUCAGUGCUUACGUGGCUGAGGUUUGCAGGGGGUUUGAUUUACAGCUCCACGUGUGUCUGUUCAGUGUUGGGAAGGACCUUGGCUCCAGUGGGGAGAUCCCAGCCCGCUAUGCCGACCCUACAGACACUGCCAGGGCCUUCAAAGAAAUAGUGCAGGCUGCCAGGGGCAGAUUUCACUGGUUUGGAGAAGCAGGUAUUUUUGAAAGUGAUGAUAUUACCAGUAUUGUGUCAGAAAUGGAAAAAGCAAAAAGCUACUCCCAAAAGUGUGCAUUCCUGGUGGAAUCCUUAAAGCAGCGUUCAGUAAAUCAGUCUGUUAAUCCACUGACACCGGAAGGAGGUUCAGAUGCCCUUCCAAAGAAGGAGAACAGAAGGCCACAGAAGUUGCCAUCUCCUAAACCCACAGCUCCGAGCCCAGCUAGAAUGGAUGUUAAAGACAACCACGGUGCAGGCAGAAAUACUCCUGUAAGAGUCCUGGCCUGGCGUCCUCCCAGUGCCAAAGCAGAAAUUCCACCAGCACAAACAGUAAAAGAAUGGCCUCAGACUGAGAAUAAAAGAAAGGAUAAACCAAGGAAGCAGCCAGAGUUUUCUCUCUCUGUAUUUUACACUGAGAAAGGAAGAAAUGUGGGGACAGUGUACCAGAAAUACCCAAAGACUCUGUGCAUAAGAAAGUCCCAUCCCUCUGUCUUGUUGCCAAAAGAAGAGGAAAUCUGCUCAAGUAAAGAGUGGCUGGCCAAGUACAGUAUAAAAAAGCUUGAACUGGAACUGCCCAGGCUGAUGUUUGGUCCAGGCUGUACCCACCGAAACAAAACUGUGGAGUCCCUGCACAAGAAAGUAUCAGCAAAAUACUGUUCUAUCUUCCCUAGUGCAGAAAUCAAUGGGGUUGUGAAACAUCUGCAGUUCCAACCCAAAGAGCUGGAAAUCUACACGGCUCAGCUGGAGCGAGUGGUGCAGCGCUACAUCCAGAGGAUCCACUGGCUUCUCUCAGGAAGCCGAAGGUUGUUUGGGACCAUUUUGGAAGCAAAUGUCUGUGUUUUGAUUGACACGUCUGGUUCCACGGACCCACAUCUGCCACACGUCACGAAAGAACUCACCUCCCUUAUCUGGGAACAGCUGAGAAGAAAUGAGGUCAGGUUUAACCUGCUGAGAUUUGCAGAAAAUACCGAGAGUUGGAAAGAGUGUCUUGUAGAGGCCACUGAUGAAACAUGUCAUGAUGCUGUGCAGUGGGUUUCCAGACUCCAUGCCCAUGGUAACACCUGCAUCCUCCCAGCUUUACAGAAGGCUCUCAGUUUCCAGGGUGUAGAGGCACUGUAUCUGUUGACUGAUGGAAAACCAGACACCAGUUGCAGUCUGAUUUUGGAAGAAAUUGAACGAUUGAGAAAGGAACAAGAUAUUAAAAUCCACACCAUUUCUUUCAGCUGUGCAGACAGAGGGGCUAAUGAAUUUCUGAAGAAACUUGCUUCCCAAACAGGAGGGCGUUACCACUGCUGGUUUGGAGAUGAAGAUGGACAAUUAACAGCACACAGAAUAUUGGCAGAGGGGCUUGAAGAUGAAGAUCCAGCUUUCCCUUACUUUGAAGGAGAUGAUUUAAAGAAACUUAUUCAAGAAGUAGCAAAAGCCAGAAGUUUCUUAAAGCAGGCAAAAUCUUGGAGAUUAUUACUUGAAAAAUGGAGUAUGAACCAAAAGGACAAUUCCAGCUUUCAAAGAAGUGCUCAGGAUUAAAUUUUAGACAUGGAAAAGAUGCUGAAGAGGUUUGGAGUCAGA